AGAACAUGAAAUUAUUGAUGUUUGAGCUUGCCCUGGUGGGCGCUGUUUUGGCCAGACCUGGAUAUGAUGGAGGAUUAAAGACAGAGGUAGAGUUUGUCGGUCAGAAAGGAUAUGGCGAACCCAAUCCCCAGGUCAGUGUGGAAGGAUAUUCCGGCGGAAGAGGAGGAUACGGCGGAGGAAGUAUUCCUAAAAUACAACGAGGAUACAAUCAGGGCGUACAGAGCCCCCCAUUAGGUUUGGGAGGCUAUUCCGGCGGACAAGGAGAAUACGGAGGAGGAAUCGGUCCUAAAAUACAAGGAGAAUAUGGUCAGGGCAUACCGAACUCCCAAGCUAGUUUGAGAGGCUAUUCCGGCGGACAAGGAGGGUACGGAGGAGGGAUCGGUCCUAAAAUACAAGGAGAAUAUGGUCAGGGCAUACCGAACUUCCAAGCUAGUUUGAGAGGCUAUUCCGGCAGACAAGGAGGAUACGGAGGAGGGAUCGGUCCUAAAAUACCGGGAGAAUAUGGUGAGCGCAUACCGAACCCCCAAGUUAGUUUGGGAGGACAAGGGGAAUACGGAGGCGGUCGGGACGGACAGAACACCGAAAUUGCUUUGGGAGGAUAUUCCGGCGGACAAGGAGGAUACGGAGGAGGCAUCGGUCCUAAAAUACAAGGAGAACAACUUGGAGAACCCGAACUUGAACAUGUCCCAUGUCAUAAUCACGGGCAUCAUGGAGGAUACGGGCAUCAAGGACAUCACGAGCAUCACGAACAUCAUAGAGGUUACUAAAUCGCUCUUUUUCAACAUAAAAAAACAUAAAGAAUAAAAGUCAAAAUUAUCGUUUCCCUAUUAACUGAACACUAUAAUCUUGUUACAUAUUAUGUAUAGGAGAGGUUUGAACUCAAAGUAAGGGUGAGAGGGUUAAAACAGUCAUCCAAAGUCUCCAUGCAAACAUAUACAUAACAAAUCAUAUUGACAUCGACUCGGAAGGUGAUGAUGAUACGGAUCAAGAAUAUUUAUGCUUUAUGGGGUUAAAGGUCUCCUGCAUCGCAAUUACAGCAUCCUCGGCAAGGGUUCACAAAAACAGAGAAAUAAUCUAGGCUUAAACAUCGAACUUUACUUUUAUCUGCCCUUAUCUAUAAACGGCAACACCAGACAUAACAAAUCCUAUCGGGUUUCAAACGUGCCGCGUAUAAAAGUGCACAAUCAUUCAUGUGAACUACAAAUUAUUAUUCAAAAACAAAAACACUUGCCUAAUUUGUGCUUCCUAUUUCUGUGAUUAAGAUUUUGUUUUCAAAUAAACGCUAUUGUGUGCGCUAUCAAACUUGUGGGUUUUUUACAGGGAAACUAUUGUUUAAUGGGAGUAUGAUUAGGAGUAGUUAAUUAGUUAAUUAAACUGCUCAAGUUUAAUUUGA